GACAAAUAAAACGAAAUAAGGUGAAAAAUGUCCGGCCUGGAAUCCUAUAUCAACCACACCGUGUCCAUAAUUACUGCGGAUGGACGGAACUUCAUCGGGACACUGAAGGGCUUCGACCAGACCAUCAACAUCAUCAUCGACGAGUGUCAUGAGCGGGUUUUCUCAACGUCGUCCGGCAUCGAGCAGAUUGUGCUGGGACUACAUAUCAUUCGCGGCGACAACAUUGCAGUAAUUGGAUUGAUUGACGAGAGCAUCGACUCCCGCCUGGACUUCGCCAACAUCCGUGGGGAGCCUCUGGGGCCCGUUGUGCACUAAUGAAUAGCGAAUAAAACAAGACUCUUUAUAUUUACUAAAA